AGGGAAGCCAAAGACGGAGUUUAAAAUGAGUCAUUUUCUACAGGCAACAAACGGAAAGUGCGUCUCUAUCAGUUCCUCCUGGACCUCCUGCAGGACGGAGACAUGCGGGACUGCAUCUGGUGGGUGGACCGAGAACGAGGCAUCUUUCAGUUCUCCUCCAAACACAAGGAGACGCUCGCCGGCCGCUGGGGUCAGCAGAAGGGCAACCGCAAGAGAAUGACCUACCAGAAGAUGGCCAGGGCUCUGCGCAACUACGGCAAGACCGGCGAGGUCAAAAAGGUCAAGAAGAAACUCACGUACCAGUUCAGCGGCGACGUGAUGAGGAGGAUGACUGUGGACAGGAGGCAGUAUCAUCACUGACACUCGGGACACCAAACAUUUCCUAUACACCUACAACUUCAUUAUUCUCAAACGCUCUCUUGUCACUGUUCUGCAGUCCAAAUUCUAAUCUCAGGGAUAUGUCAAAGGUAUAGGUAAUAAGGGUAUGUGUAAUAUUUGGGUAUAGCUGACCACUGGACAAAUGACGUUAUUUUUCAACAUUUUUUUAGCUUACAGUUUAUAUAUUUGUCUAAGGGAACGAGUUCAUGCUUGCUGGAUUUGAUGCUGUAACCGGUCACUGUUUUUUCCCCCUUACACUGUAAAAAAAA